GGGCAGUGUCGAAGUAGGAGAUCUGAACAGAGCUUAACGUUAACGGCCGUCUUUAUUCGAUCGGUUCACAGUUUCACCACUUUUAACAACCAGGUUACAUGCUGCAGGGCUUUCUGGCUGGUCUAGGAAGGGGCUUUUCUCCGAAUUUGAUCGUUUUGCGGGACCAGCUAUGACUUCUCUCACACAGAGGACCUCGGGCCUCGUCCAGCGGAGGACCGAGGCUAUCCGCAGCGCCGCCGCCGACAAGGAGAAGGAGUCCGCCGGGGAGGAAGAAGAGAUACGUCGCGGGGAAGAGGACGACGACGACAAGGGGGACUCGAAGGAAACAAGGCUCACACUGAUGGAGGAAGUGUUGCUGUUGGGUCUUAAGGAUCGAGAGGGCUACACGUCUUUCUGGAACGACUGUAUUUCUUCUGGCCUUCGCGGCUGUAUGCUUGUCGAGCUGGCCCUCAGGGGGAGGCUGCAGCUGGAGCCUUGCGGGGUGAGGAGGAAAAGUCUGCUCUCAAGGAAGGUGAUCUGCAAGUCAGAUGCACCGACAGGAGACGUGCUCCUGGAUGAGGCCUUGAAGCACAUUAAAGAAACCCAGCCCCCAGAGACUGUCCAGAGCUGGAUAGAGCUGCUGAGCGGAGAGACAUGGAAUCCCCUGAAGCUACACUAUCAGCUGAGAAAUGUUCGGGAACGUUUGGCCAAAAACCUAGUGGAGAAAGGUGUCCUCACCACAGAGAAACAGAACUUCCUGCUUUUCGACAUGACCACACAUCCGCUUACCAACAGUACCAUUAAACAGCGCCUUGUCAAGAAGGUCCAGGACUCUGUUUUGGAGAAGUGGGUCAAUGAUCCCCACCGCAUGGACAAGCGGGUUCUGGCUCUUAUCCUUCUGGCCCACUCUUCCGACGUUCUUGAGAAUGCCUUCGCCCCCCUUCAAGAUGAGCAGUACGACCUGGGCAUGAAGAGAGUCCACACCCUGCUAGAGCUGGAGCCAGAGAAAGAGAGCACAAAGCCCAGCGCCAAUGAACUUAUGUGGGCUGUGGUGGCUGCGUUCACUAAAUGAAAACACCUGCCUGGUUGUACUGGAACAUCUGGCUAUGGUCUGUGUUAUUUAAUUGAUUGAAGGACUUCACAUAAUCAGACAGACGUUAUUGAGACAAUCUGUUUUGGUUGGGGAGCCUGUUUGUACGUCUAUACCGGAUGACAUUUUGGUGGUAGUCCCUAUUAACCCAGUGCAAUCUAAUUGGUGGUGGGCUGCACCAAGUAACAUUUGGUUGGAAAGAUCGCUCAAUGAAAAACGACUGGCUGCUUUCAUACGGUGAGGUAAAUAAUGUGCCACUGUGAAGCUGGAUGCACCUAUUAACGUCCUUACAUAUGGAUGGGUUUGUGUUAGAUGACAUCAAAGAACAAAACAGGUGGCAGCAGUAGUCAUGGUGAAUAUGAAGAUUUUGACUGGGCCCAAGUUUCCCUUCUACACUAAGGAAAUAAUCAUCUCUCCAUUGCUUCAAGAUCUAGCCAGAGAUCUUGUUCACGUGACUAUUGAUGCUGUUUGCACUCACAUAGGUCUUCUGCUUUCCCCUAUUCAUUCCCACUUGUGUUGGGAGUUCAUGCUUAUUUACUGUUAGAACAUACUACCUGAAGGUUUCACUCUCUCAUCUCUGUUAAAUUCAGUUUUCCACAUUCUUCCUCAUUGUGUUUUAAGGAGGAAAGAGAGGACCUAAAUACAGACUUGCAUUCAGUUGCGACAUCGUGAAGAGUGAGCCCGGUAAUUUAGCCCUCAUAGACCCUCACGUAAAUGAAGAAUUAAACCUUGAGUCUAAAUAUGUUUUCUAAAAAAAAUUCUAAAAAUAUUUUUUUUAUUAGUUAGCUGUUUUCCAGUGGUCUGUUCAGAUUUGAAAGAAUGAGACCAGUCUUCCAUUUCUCCACUUCAGUUUAUGUUGCUAUUCAAUGCUUGGAGUAGGCUGCAUUUUAUCAACUACUUUGCACAGUCAGUAGCCCUGUAGGUAGGAUAGAACUGAUAGAUUGAUUGUUUUGUUUAUCUUGUUUGGGGGUGUGAUGAGUAACCCCCUCAUGAAUCAAAAAUAAAUCUCACUUAUUUUUAUUACAGCUAUCGAUCUUUAUGAAUACUUAGAAAUCAUUCCUUGGACAUAUAAAAAGCUUAUGCUUUUAUUUUUAAGUACAAGUCAAGAUGUAAAGGUGGAAGAGAGUGAUUGAAUCUGUUCAGAUUUGGAUUUCUGAAUAGCCUAAACAAGAUUCACAAUAUGAUCAUUAGCAGUUGCUUAUACAGAUAGGCGGGGAGUUUUUAGCCAACUGGACUACAAAAAGGCUGAAGGUUCAAUUCACCCAAAUUACAUGUCAAAAGAAUCCCAUGUUCUCAGAUAACACUAGUGCUAUCUAGCCUUGUAGGUACCUUUUGGUUUUAUUUUGUUUUUCUGUCUGAGAUAUCUGAAUCUAGAUUAAUGCAGUGAGGGUGGAAGCAGUGUCCUUUUAAGGCGCUUAUCAGCAGUAAAGUCGUCAGCAGUGGCAUCUCAUUCCGAAGUUUCCGUGUUACUAAUCCACAGGUUUUACUGUAAAUGGUUUCCCGUGGAACUAGUUCAAGCUGAAGGACUCGCCCUUAGGAAAACGUAAGUGAGGUAAGUGAGGUAAUACUGUAUAUUGUGUAAUUUGGGUGAAUUGAUCCUUUAAGUUUCCUUUUGCAAUAUAAUGUUGCUCUGUUUGUAUGUCAUGUCAUAAUUAAAUGUAAUUUCUCUCUGAUAGUCCCAUGUGGACAGGUUGUAUUUUCUUCAUAUAUGGAGAUGAUGGGAGGGUUACUUGAGCCUCAGAUGAAACCUUUGUUAAAGAUUGAAAUGGUUGGAAAAACAUGCAACAAAACUUAACAUGCUUUAGUGCAGGACUAAAACAUUCUGGUCCGACCGGUGUGACCUGUGUAUGAAGUUACAUCACCUAUUGUUUCAUGGCAUACUUGUUUGUUUUUGUUUUUUUACUACAAAAUGCCUGUACUGUAGGUAAAAAGAACUAUUAAGAUCAGUUUACAGCAAAGAGACCAUGCAUGCUAUUGGUGGAGGGUACUGGGGUACUUGUGGAUGUAGCUACAGAAAAAAAGCUUAUAUGUAAUUAUUAGUCAUUUUAUGUGUAUGAUCUAAUGGAAUUAAAUGAAAGGGAUCUUCUCUCCUAUCCUCUAUAAUUCUGUAUGCUUUUGUAUUACCACACAAAAUAAAGAUCCUUUAAGUGCCUGAAUUUA